AUGCUACGCUUUGGUCGUCUGUGCACCCCCAAGACUGCCGGUGUGCAGCGCCGCUUCCUCAACAUCCACGAGUACCAGUCCAAGAAGAUCAUCAAAGACAACGGCGGCAAGGUGGAGUUCGGUAUCGCAUGCAAGACAAUCGAGGAGGUCGAGGCCGCGUGCGCCAAGAUCAAGACGGAAAAGAAGGUCGUGAAGUCUCAGAUCUUGGCUGGCGGUCGUGGUAAGGGCGUGUUCAAGGAUGGAUUCCAGGGUGGAGUGCACGUGUGCGACAGCGCCGCUGCCGCCGUCGAGGCUGCCAAGCACAUGCUCGGCAACACGCUGGUGACAAAGCAGACCGGUCCCAAGGGCCAGCUGGUGAGCACCCUGUACGUCACGGAGGCCAUCGCGGACAUCAAGCGAGAGCUUUACCUUUCCCUCAUUCUUGACCGAAAGAGCGCGUCGCCCAUGUUCGUUGGUAGCGCUGAAGGCGGUACCAGCAUCGAGGAGCUCGCCAAGACGAACCCGGAAAAGAUCAAGACCAUGAAGGUCAACGUCGCUGAGGGGGUGGACCACGAUGCGGCUGUGGCGUACGCCAAGGAGCUCGGCUUCUCAGGCGAGACGGCGGAGCACGCGGCGGAGCAAAUCAAAACCCUCUACAAUAUCGGCAAGUCCAAUGACUGCACCAUGGUGGAGAUUAACCCCUUUGUUGAGCUCAAGAAUGGUGAUGUGAUGGAGAUCGACGCGAAGCUCAGCUUCGACGACAAUGCCGCCUUCCGCCAGAAGGCUAUCUUCUCCCUGGAAGAUCAGACCAUGAUCGAUAGCAAGGAAGUGCUCGCCAAGAAGCACGACCUGAACUACAUUGCCCUUGAGGGCAACGUCGGCUGUCUCGUGAACGGCGCUGGUCUGGCGAUGGCCACCAUGGACGCCAUUUCCCUGCAUGGUGGCAGCGCGGCCAACUUCCUUGAUGCUGGCGGCAGUGCCUCUGAGGCUCAGAUUGUGUCCGCCUUCAAGAUCAUCACGGGCGAUCCGCAUGUGAAGAGCAUCCUGGUGAACAUCUUCGGUGGUAUCAUGCACUGCGAUGUCAUAGCGCAAGGUGUCGUGAACGCCUCCAAGACGCUCAGCACCACCAUCCCGAUUGUGGUGCGUCUUUGCGGAACAAACGAGCAGCGUGGCAAGGACAUCAUCAGCAAUAGUGGUCUCGCCAUCCACUCCGCCGAUGACUUUGAUUCUGCUGCCCGCAAAGCGGUAGAGCUGGCCAAGUAG